UUCUAGACGUCCACAUCUACACACUGUGACCUCCACACCUGAACCACGAUGGACGAGGAGAUCAUCGAGGACCAGACCAAGCUGAAGCAGGGCCUGAUCCAAGUGCUGCACUGCGUGGCCACCAUCUCCUCAGCAGCAGCCGUGAUUAACCCCAUCUUCGGCGUGGCUGGCUCCCUGAUCCGGGUGGUGCUACACCACGUCGAUGAUGAGGACAUCCGCACCCUGAAACGUGAGUUUGGCUCGGUCCACCAAAGGCUGGACCAGCUGUCUCAGCAGAACCGUAACACUCUGGUGCAGAUCAAGAAGGAGACGCUGAACAGCCAGUACUGUCAGGUGGAGGAGAACCUGAAGAACCAGUUCAGGAAGUUCAUGGAGAUGGUGGAGGCACGGCCGGACCUCCGCGAACGCAAGAAGGAAGACUUCGAAGAGAGCUACAGCAAUGACUUGGGUGAUCAGAACCUACACACGCUCUAUGAUGGUGUGGUGGGUAAACCGAAGCUCUUCAGCAGGCCCAUCCUGGAGGUUUACCUCAAACACUCGGAGGGCGACCGUCAUACCAUGGAGCGACUCUGCACACGUCUCACCUAUCUGUUCUGCAUCGGGCUCAUCGCCCUCAUGGGACACGCGGCCGUCACCGGAGACGACGAAGAGAGUCUGUGCGAAGAGUGGGCCGAGAAGAUGGAGCGCGUGCAGGAUAAGAUGAAGGAAGCUCUGCGCUUGUGCAAAUGAAGAAGCGGCAUCAUAAAAAGAGCUCUUCUCCUCUGCUGCUUUCUCCUUCAUGCUCCAGGGUCCAUCUUCCUCCUCUGACUCUUAACGUUUCUCUUUCUCUAAGCACUUUGUUGGGUCACCAGUUGAGAACAUGUAAUGGAACAUGACUAUGCCAUGUGCCAUAAGACUUGAUGUCUGCCUGACAACAAUGUUAUUUUUAAACUUGUCUGGUUUCCUUAUAACCUCUGUAACCACCUAAAUCUAAAAUCGACAUCACUCACCACAGAACAUCCUGCUUACAAAGACACAUACACACACAUGAACUAACACCUGUAUAUACAUGUGCUCUCUGUUGUAUCUGCUCUAUAUUCUGAUCUCUGCUCUUGCAACAGCAUUAAAAACGUCUUCACUUAA